AUGGGUGAUAUAAAUGCAUUAACAAGAGAAGAUUAUUCAGAUGAUUACUAUCAAGAUAAUAUUAUUGAAAUACGACAAAAAUCUCAAUGGGAAAAACCUCGUUUUGAUUUGACAAAUUUAAUAAGACAUGAAUGGAAUUAUGAAGAUGCUUUUAAAUUAAUAAAUCCAACAUUAAAAAAUAAACAAAUAUCAACAUGUUAUUAUGAAACACGUAUCGAUUAUAUAUACAUACGUCCCAAGAAAGACGAUCAAUGGAAAUUAACAGAAUGUUCAAUUAUUGAUACGAAAGGAGCUACUGAUCAUAAUGCUGUUUUCGCUGAGUUUAAACAACAAUAA